AUGAGGGCAAAGCGUCCUCCUUUAGGGAUAAAUCCCAAUUCCGUUGGUAGCACCAAACUUGUAAUUGCCAAUGCUGGUAUUCAGAUAGGAGCAGCUACUAGUACGUAUACUGCACUGAAAGGUGGUACUCAUAGGCACCCAUAUGAAGAUAUCAAUAAACACCAUGUCAAGACAGGGCAGGGGCAGACUCAGGCCACCAUUGAAACCAACACAAACAUCACAGCUACUGAUGAAAUGACCAGUGUCCAUGAUCACCAGUAUGAAGACGUGGACCAACAUCAUCAAACAGGGCAGGGCCAGUCUCAGACCAUCACUGAAAUGAACACAAACAUCACAGCUACUGUACUGACCAGUGGUCAUGACUAUAAGUACGAAGAUAUGGACCAACAUGACCAGACAGAGCAGGGUCAGUCUCAGACCAUCACUGAAAUUAACACAAACACCGCAGUGUCUGUAACUAGUGGUCAGGACCAUCAGACUGAGAAUGAAGAUAUGGACCAACAUGACCAGACAGGGCAGGGUCAGUCUCAGGCCACCGCUGAAGCCUUGGAUGUAGGAAAUGUAUCGUAUGACACGGGGCCUACUACCUCGCAGCUACCUUCUCUGUACGAAAACCAACAUGGUCAUAUAGGGCAGGGGCAGUCUCAGGCCACCACUGAAGCCUCGGAUAUGGGAAAUGUAUCGUACGGCACGGGACCAACUACCUCUCAGCUUAAUUCUCUAUACGAAAAUGUGGAAACAUCAUAA